AUGGCGACCCAUCUUGAAGCUGGUGAGCCUUGACUGCCGCUUCUGCCGUGUCGUUGCGUACGGU